UGUCGUUAGUGGUCAUCGCAGAAAAUUCAAUAUGGUGUCCGUCGAUUGAAGAGCUAAAUUGGCGUUCUGUAUAUGGAAAUAACAUUAAAAAUAAAGAAAUCGUUUAACUCGGCGUAAUUAUGAAAAUUCGUUUGAAAAGCUAGUGUGUCAUUUGGAAAUACUGAUGUCAUAGGGAUAUAUUGUAUAAAAAAGUAGAAAUUGUCAUCUUUAAAACCCUGUACUGAAAUUGUAUGCUUUGAGAAAAGAAAUUCAGAUAUAUAGAAAAUAAAAAUAUUAACAAAAAAUUAAAGAUGGAAAAGCUUAAAACGAAGAGUGUAGUGGAUGGAAAUGAAUCAGAGGGUGAUCAAAGUAGCAUUGAAGAAAAGAAUGAAAAUUCUUUAACAGAUAUUGCUACUUUGGACAUUACAUCUCGACUUAGUCUGAAAACAACUGAAAUAUAUGAAGAAUCACAUAGAAAUGGAAUACCUCUAGUUAAUGGUAUUUGUAAUUCUUCUGAAAGAAUUACCAGCAUAGUUAAUCUUCCACAAUCUGAAUCUAUGGAAACUAGUCAUUUAAACCAACAUGGUACAUUAGCAGAAACAGUGUCAUUGGAAAGUAGGGAUAAUAACAUUCAAUAUGUUAGUUAUACAAGUGAACUCCAAAUGCCUGAUAUUAUGAAAUUAAUACAAAAAGACUUGAGCGAACCAUAUUCUAUUUAUACAUACAGAUAUUUCAUUUAUAACUGGCCAAAAUUAUGUUUCUUGGCAAUACAUGGUGAGGAAUGUGUUGGUGCCAUUGUCUGCAAGCUGGACAUCCACAGAAAAGUAAUAAAACGUGGGUACAUUGCAAUGUUAGCUGUUGAUGUGAAAUAUCGAAAGCAAAAGAUUGGUUCAAACCUAGUAAGAAGAGCGAUUCAAGCUAUGGUGGAAGAUAAUGCUGGCGAAGUAGUUUUAGAAACAGAAAUUACUAAUCGUCCAGCACUACGUUUGUACGAAAAUCUUGGUUUUGUGCGUGAUAAGCGAUUAUUUCGGUAUUAUUUAAACGGCGUAGAUGCUCUUCGAUUGAAGCUAUGGCUUAGAUGAAAUUCAUCUAUAUCUUGACAUUUCAAUAAAGACCUAUUUAACUCUAACACAUUGAAGAGAUAUGACGUCAAAGUUCAGUAAAGUUCAGGAAUAUAGGACAUUAAUGCCAAGGGGAUUGUAUCUGAAAAUGUAUAAACAAAACAAUAACAUAUGUAUCUGGAAAAAUAAGUAUACGUAGCGCAUGUAAUUUAAUGUUAUGUUCAAUUAUCAAUUUCCUUAUUACAGUAUAUUUAUAACAUUAUCACGUUAUAUCAUUUAUGCACUAGUAUAUAACAAAUAUAUGUACCACUAAUAUGGAAGAUGCAGUAUAACAAAUCAAUUCAUAUGUCAUUGGUCAUUAGUGAUUUUAAUUGUGUAGUUGAUCAUUGAUUAUCGAAAUUUAUUAUCCUUUUUGGCAUUAACGUUCAUUGAAGUAGCAUGCAAUUACAGUUUAAAAAUUUUACAGUGAGAAAAGAUAAUGAAGGUGAAAGGAUGAAAAAUGUGAAAUGAUGUCUGAAAACAAACAAUAUGUUUUUUUGUAUCACUUACGAGAAAUCUAAUACAACGUGGUAACAAAGUGAAUUGAGAAGAUAUAAUAAAAUGAUGAGAAUCUUUGGAAGUUGAUACAUCAAUGAAUGAAUUUAAUGUAAAUUGUGGAAAAUUGACAGAAAUUUGUUAUCUCUUAUGACGCUCAAGUGUGAACUGAACAAUACAAUGGAUAUUAUUUCCGAAUAUUCCCGCAUCUCUUUUUAUUGUAUGGGAUAUUAUAUCUUUCUAUGAUAAAAUGCAAUGAAAAAAUGCAAUGAUAAAAUGCAAUGUUUUGCUAAUAUUAAUUUUGAUUGACACCAACAAAAUAUUUGCAGCUAAAUAUUUCUGCGUAUAAUAAAUAUAAUAACAUGAAUGUGUAUAUGUAUAUAUAUACAGUAUAUAUUAUGCAUGCACACGACAUACAUAAUAUAUGUAAACAUGAAUGAAAAGAAUGAAGGGAAAAAUUACAAUUUGCCAAAUGAAAAUAUUCCGGAAGAACUAAGGACGUUUGUUGCGAUUAACGUGUAACAAGAUUUAUUACUGUCUCCCCUACAUGUUACAGCUUUGUACAAAAUAAAUGCGAGGCACAGAUCAUAAUAUAACUAUUAAAAAAGAAUGUAAAAAUGUUAAUAAAAAUAUCUAAAUGUU